GAGCUGCCCGUGAGAAAGUGUAAACGACACCGCUAUUCGGCUUUGCGUCAGACAUGGACAACGGAUAUUGUGCAAGUUAAAAUGCAUCCAGAGCCGUUUGCUCGAGGUGCCAUGCGUGAAUGUUAUCGCCUGAAGAAGCUUGGCUCUGGCAGAAAUGACAGCUGGACUCACGCACAAAAUUUCGUUGUUAAGAAAUAUAUGAAGGCUGUCGAAAAAGAAAUGGAUAGCAAACUUUGGGCAGAAGAAUUUAAUCGUCACAAUCCACCUAAAAAGAUUGACAUAUUUCAAAUGUGUGUUCUGGAAUUUCCGGAUGAGAACCAGCCAUUCUAUCACAUGGAACGUUACAUUGAAGGCGAAUACAUCAAGUAUAAUUCGAAUUCGGGCUUCGUCUCUGGCAUUCAUCGUAAAACGCCACAGGCUUUUAGCCAUUUCACAUUUGAACGCAGCGGUCAUCAAUUGAUCGUGGUAGACAUUCAGGGAGUGGGCGAUUUAUACACCGAUCCGCAAAUACAUACGGCAUCGGGUGAAGGUUACGGGAAUGGGAAUCUGGGCACAAAAGGGAUGGCGUUGUUCUUCCAUUCCCAUCUUUGCAACGAUAUUUGCCGAUCGAUGUGCCUGACAGAGUUCGAUCUUGCUGAAACAGAGAAAACUGCUCUUUUGGAAGGCAACAAUCCCGAAACGGUUAUAUUUCGAUUCGUUUCCAGUCGAGGUUGUUGAGU